UGACUUUGUAAAUUAGUUUUGUGAAAAUGUCAAACUUUUUGUAUAAAAUUUAAAGGGUAGCAAGUAUCUUAGAAGUAAUAGGUGUAUGUGUCAAGAAGUACUUUUUCUAAUGGAAACUAUAAAUUUGUUCCUGGAACAAUUAUAAAGUAUUUUUAAUGUCAUCUAAAAAUGAUAAAAUAGUGCACAAUUUUUUAUAUUAUAUUCUUGUACAAAUUAAUGUUUCUUAGAUAAAAUUCAUAGUUACUUGGAAGGAUUUCGGGUAAAAAGUUUUCCGAGAGUUUUUGAACGUCCCUCGUUCAUCGUUAUACACGGUGUCCAGUGCAGUAUCGCUAACAUCACUAUACCACGGUUCGUAGUUGACCGUUGUAUGCGGAAAUGAAAACAUCUGUCAGGACAAAAAUGUUGUUACAAGUGUUAACGCUCGGAUAUUUCGCAGCAGGAGUGUUCGGAGCCGAUGAUUUUGAUAAGAUUGUCGACGACUUCUGGCAAUGGAGGUUGAUGAACAACCCAGAAUUUGCUUCAAACAUUGGUGACAGUAGGUACACGGACAAAGUUGAAGAUUAUAGUCUGGAAGCAAUAGAGAAUAGAAAGACGGACAUUGACAAUUUUUUGCAACGUCUGAGUAGUGUAAACAAAAACAGUUUGUCGUCUGCUGAGCACGUAACCUUUGAAGUCUUGAAGGGCACUAUUCAAACAUGGGCGGAUGGAUACAAAUGGAGAUUUUAUGGACCAAUGAAUCCAGUGAGCAUUUUGGAAGGCAUACAGACAAACUACGGCUCCCGGGCAGAACAAGUCAAGUUUGAACGGGAGGAGGACUUUAAAAUGUUUGCUCAAAGAAUAUUUAACUAUGGAGAACAGAUUGACCAGAUAAUUGUGAGAAUGAAGAAAGCUAUAGAGAUGGGAACUACGUAUCACCGAGCUUCUAUCGAGAAAGUCCCUUCGCAAUUAAACGAGAUUUACACUUUAUAUAUGUCUAACAGAACAGCAUUUCCAAUGUUUAAACCCUUCCAAGACAGGCUGGACGUUGUUUUGACAAACGUAACUACGACUUCAAAUAUACGAAAAGUUGCUGAUGACAAUAUUAAAGUUCUUCUGAACCAGAUUAAGAAAAUGGCGGAUUUUAUAACAAAUACGUACAUGCUCAAUACACGAUCGACAUUUGGUGUUGAAGGUUUCCCACAAGGCUUGGAUUACUACAAGGCCUGUUUAAAGUGGCAACUCUCUGUUGAUAUGACUCCUGAUGAAAUUCACGAGAAAGGAAUAAGUGAGGUCAACAGGGUCAACCGUGAAAUACAAAAUAUUGUGAGAAGAGCAAACUUCAACGGUACUGUACGGGAGUAUAAUGAUUAUUUGAGACAAAAUGAAAGUUUAUUUAUAUCUAACGGGGAUGAAGCAUUACAGAAAUUUAAGGAUAUUUACCAAACUAUGAUCGUACCCGAGUUACAUAAACUAUUUGAUGAUAUACCAGACUCACCAUUACAAAUUGAGAAGAUGCCAUACAAUGGACCAGCCGGUAUCUACAAGAACGCUGCCCCUGAUGGUUCGAGACCAGGUGUUUUCCUAGCUAACGUUCAUUCGAAGGUACCAAAAUUUGACAUGAAGGCAUUGCUUCUUCACGAGUCAGAUCCGGGACAUCAUCUCCAAGAUUCCUACGCCCAAGCUUCCAAUAAUAUACCACUGUUCCGGAAAGUUACAGAUUUCUCUAAAUACUUCGCUGUUCCCCUCCACUUCCCGUUCUACACAGGCUAUUCUGAGGGAUGGGGUCUUUAUUCGGAAGAUUUGGGAGAGGAAAUGGACAUGUAUAAAAAUGACCUUGAAAGGUAUGGUAAAUAUGGUUUAGAAAUAUUUCGGGCUGCUCGACUUGUUGUGGAUACAGGAAUACAUGCUAAAAGCUGGACACGUGACCAUGCUAUUGAAUACAUGAAAAAUUACACAGCGUUCGCACCGGAAAUGAUUGCGCGGGAAAUCGACCGUUACUCAACAUGGCCAGCUCAGGCGACAACUUACAUGAUUGGAAAAAUUAAGAUACAAGAGCUGAGAGAAAAAGCUGAAGAUAGCCUAUGUAAUUUAUUUGACAUAAAAGCGUUCCAUAGUAUUAUAAUAGGAAAUGGAGCCAUGCCGCUAAGCGUUUUAGAGAAUGAAGUUGAUAAGUGGAUUGAGAAACAAACGAAUGAAAACAUAGAUCGUUGUGGGCAAAUAGCUGGGGUGGAACAGAUCCACAAUACACAAAUUGUCGUCGUUAUAUUCUGCAGUAUUAUUGCUCUUGUUUGCUGAUUGUUAACAUUAAACAUCUGCUUUAGCAUUGUAUUAUAUGUUACAAGGGGUCAGACCAAAACACGAGUUUUCCAAAGCUUUAAAGUAAAUUAUAUUUUUAUAAGAUUUUUACUCACAUAUAUACAUGUAUAUAUAUAUAUAUAUAUCAUUAGUUAUAAAGAUUGUUGACAGGUUAUGUCCAUAUAUCCUGUCAACAAUCUUUAUAACGAAUUUAUAAUACAGCUCGCAUCAUUUUUUAGAGAAAAAAGUAAGAUUUCUUAAUGAAUCGACAUUUAACUAUAUAAACGUCACGAUUAUCCAAUGAAAAGCGACAUUAGAAACGUGCAGUGAGCUCUUGGUGCCAUUCUCUGCAAAAAUGAAUGACUGCUAAUCGGAACACUUCGAUGAUUAUUCAUAAUAAUCCCAGGCUUAUUUCAGAUUUAAAAACAGUUCUACUCGUGACAUCAUAAAUAUGCCGAAUGUGUAUACAUUUGACACCAGGGGAAAAUAAAGUAUACUUUGAUAAAAAUUACGAUUGAAAAAUGUCUGACAAUUAUAAUCAAUAUAAAAAAGACAAUUGAUGUAAUAUAUUAUUAUGACCAAAUCCGAAAUUAAGUCAAGAAACAAACACUUGUGCUUCCGGUUUCUUUAAGCAUUAUGAUAAGUUUUAUAAAUAAUGCACUGUUUACUGACUUUUACGUGAUGUAAUGGAAUAAUCUAAGACUUUAACUCCCAGCAUUUAAUCAAUAUUUGUUUACAUGUUUAAUGUUUGUAGCACUAUUUUGCUUUUAUGGAAUAAAUGCAUUUCAAAAAUACAAAAA